AUGCUUCCUGAGCUGACUGAGAACAUGGAAGAGGCAGGCCCCAAGCUGCUAGCAGCAAUGCACCUGUCUUCCCCCACAUGCGUCGUGGGGAAAUUCCGCAUGUAUGUCGCUGUCUGGACCCCCUACGGCAUAAUCCGAACGAAACGAAACCCAGAAACAGACACAUACAUUCUCUUCAAUCCUUGGUGUGAAGAAGAUGCUGUGUAUCUGCACAAUGAGAGAGAAAGAGAAGAGUAUGUCCUGAAUGACAUCGGGGUAAUUUUUUUUGGAGACUUCAGUGACAUCAAGAGCAGAAGCUGGAGCUAUGGUCAGUUUGAAGAUGGCAUCCUUGACGCUUGCCUGUAUGUGAUGGACAAGGCAGAAAUGGACCUUUCUGGUAGAGGGAACCCCAUCAAAGUCAGCCGUGUUGCAUCUGCGAUGCUUAAUGCCAAAGAUGAUGAAGGUGUCAUCGUUGGAUCCUGGGACAAUAUCUAUGCCUAUGGCGUCCCACCAUCAGCCUGGACUGGAAGUGUUGACAUCCUAUUGGAAUACCACAGCUCUGGGAGUCCAGUCAGCUAUGGCCAGUGCUGGGUUUUUGCUGGUGUCUUUAACACGUUUUUACGAUGCCUUGGAAUACCAGCAAGAGUCGUUACAAAUUACUUCUCUGCCCAUGAUAAUGAUGCCAAUUUGCAAAUGGACUUUUUCCUGGAAGAAGAUGGGAACGUGAAUUCCAAACUCACCAAGGAUUCAGUGUGGAACUACCAUUGCUGGAAUGAAGCGUGGAUGACAAGGCCUGACCUUCCGGUUGGAUUUGGAGGCUGGCAAGCUGUGGACAGCACCCCCCAGGAAAACAGCGAUGGCAUGUACCGGUGCGGUCCCGCCUCUGUCCAAGCCGUCAAGCACGGCCACAUCUGCUUCCAGUUUGAUGCGCCCUUUGUUUUUGCAGAGGUCAACAGUGAUCUUGUUUACAUCACAGCUAAGAAAGACGGCACUCAGGUGGUGGGAGCUGUGGAUACCACCCACAUUGGGAAAUUAAUUGUAACCAAACAAAUCGGAGGAGACGGCAUAAAGGACAUUACCGAUACUUACAAAUUCCAAGAAGGUCAAGAAGAAGAGAGAUUGGCCCUAGAAACUGCCCUGAUGUAUGGGGCUAAAAAGCCUCUCAACACAGAAGGUGUCAUCAAAUCCAGGUCUGACGUUCACAUGGACUUUGAAGUAGAAAAUGCUGUGCUGGGAAAAGACUUCAAAGUCACCAUCACCUUCCAGAGCAACGGCUCCAGCCAUUACACCCUCUCAGCCUAUCUCUCGGGCAACGUCACCUUCUACACUGGGGUUCUGAAGGCAGAAUUCAAAAAGGAGACUUUCAAUGUGGAGCUGGAGCCCUUUUCCUCCAGGAAAGAGCAGGUGCUGGUCAGAGCUGGCGAGUACAUGGGCCAGCUGCUGGAGCAGGCGUCCCUGCACUUCUUUGUCACGGCUCGUGUCAAUGAGACUAUGGAUGUCCUGGCCAAGCAGAAGACCACUGUGCUGACGAUCCCCAAGGUCAUCAUCAAGGUUCGUGGUGCAAAGGAAGUGGGUUCUGACAUGGUCGUAACUGUUGAGUUCACCAAUCCUUUGAAGGAAAGUCUGCGGAACGUCUGGAUGUACCUCGAUGGUCCUGGAUUGACGAGACCGAAGAGGAAGAUGUUCCAUGAAAUUCGGCCCAGCUCCACCGUGCAGUGGGAGGAAGUGUGUCGGCCUUGGGUCUCGGGCCCGCGGAAGCUGAUAGCCAGCUUGGCCAGCGACUCCCUGCGACAUGUGUACGGCGAGCUGGACCUGCAGAUUCAAAGACGGUCCUCCGUGUAA